AUGGUCUCAACGCUGCUUGUAGACACAACGCUCAGUGUUAGAGUAUGCGGACAGACUGCAGACGCCUUUCAAUCUGGCCUUGGCACACCACAGGGAGAUUGCCUGAGCCCUGUGCUGUUUACGUGCUACUUUGAACAUGUUCUGCAGCAGCUGAGACAUCAGUUCCGAAGAGAAAGUACAGGCCUAGCACCGUCUAUCCCUGAACUUCAGUACGCAGAUGAUCUUGACUUCCUCGAUGAAAAUGACCAAAAUCUUGAACAAACCCAUGACGUAUGCGUGCUGAAGAUGCCAGAACACCAAUUGAUGGUCAACGGCGCGAAAACUGAACGGAUCCAAUUCUACCGCGAUGCAGACCUGGAAAAAAGAGGGAAAGAAGAAUGGCGGAUGGCAAAGUCGGUUGGAUCGAGAGCUGGUACUGCCGAGGACAUCAAACACCGAAUGGUUCUGGCAUCGCAGUCAUUUGGCCGGAUGCAAAGCCUUCUACAGUCAUCAGGGAUCUCCCUAACGUUGAAGCUGAGGCUGUACAAUUGCUACGUUCUAAGCAUUUUGCUUUACAACUGCGCUACCUGGGGCCUCACUGAGGCACUCAGAACGUCUCUGGACGUUUGCCACCGCCGUCACCUCCGCUCGCUACUCCGUAUAAAGUAUCCAAAUAUAAUCAAAAACACGGAACUCUACAACCGCUGUCCCACCCAACCCAUCUCCAAGGAGAUCGCGGCGAGGCGAUGGAGCUUCCUGGGGCAUGUGCUCCGGAUGCCAUCAGGGGCACCGCCACAGGUCGCUCUCGAUUUUGCUGCUUCUGGUGCCUUGCGGGGAAGGAUAGGCAGACCAAGAGCAACACUGCUAACCACUCUCUCACUGGAUUGUCGGGAGAAGCUGGGGCUUGUGCUUCUGUCGCGACCUGGCCUAGCCCAGCUUCGGAAGGUGGCGUAUGAUAAAUGCUGA